AUUCCCCUCUUCCCACUCUAUAAAUCUCUCCCAACCUCUUUCUCGUUUCCCUUUUCUUCUUGUCUAUCUCUGACCAAAAUUUUCCCCUUCAUACACAAAAACACACCAAUAUUUUUCUUAGCCUUUCAUAUUUAUUUCAUUCAAAUCACACCCGUACUAACUCCGCUCCUGUACAGCUCCCUUAGGUGUUAAUUUAGUGUUGUUUUAGAGAAGGAAAAAAUGAAUCACUGUGUCGCGGCUCGUGAUGAAGUGAGGAGCUCUGUUACUGUUUCGGUUGGGGUCUCGGAUAAGAGGGAUACUUUGGUGUGUCCUAAACCCAGGCGACUUGGUCUUAUUAACACGAUGGCCAACGAGCAGAUCAGAUCUUUGAGAUGGCAUAUGAGCUAUCAGUCGGAGCUUGGUGAUUCGAAACCAGGAUCUGAGCUCUUGGACAUCAUCUUGUCCAAGGGUGCAUAUGCUGUGGAACAAACUUGCACUCAAGCUGCCUCGUCGCCCCCUUUUUUUUGUGGGUCGCCGCCGAGCAGAGUUUCUAACCCACUAAUUCAGGAUGCUCACUUUGGGGAUGCAAAGGUCACCCCUGUAUCCCCUAGGUCGAUUCCCAUUCCCUCUGGCGUGUCUUCUUCCCCUUCUUCAUCUGCAAGGAAAGGAGCAUGUGGCAGGGCAAAUUUUGGUAACAAGCCAGCUGUGAGAGUUGAGGGGUUUGAUUGCCUAGACCGGGAUAGGCGCAACUGCAGCAUCCCUACAAUGGCUUAAACCUCUCAGAGUGUAAACUUCUUAAAAGAGUACAUAGAAAAUUAAGAUUGAGAACAAAGGUAAACUUGAGUAGUAGGAGAGAACAAAGAAAAAAAAUUUAAUAUUGCAUUUUCAUGAGAGCAGGAGAGUUAAAUUCCUUUUCUUAGUGUAUAUAUGUUUAUAAUAGUCUGUCUGUAAAUGUGUCUGUAAGAAAUUAGAGAGUAAUUAACCGAAAUAAUCCAGAGGUCUUUAGGUGUUUGCUUUUGUUGGAGAGUGUAAGGGUAACCCUCUUGUAAUGUAAGUAUGAGUAGAGGGGAAUUUCAAAUUCACAUCCUUCCGGGGAGUAAAAAAAAUUUACUACCCGGCUUUCUGUAGAAAAUUUGUAGAAGAUGAAGUCGGGUAAUGGAGUCAGCUUUUGUAAUCAUUUUACCUUGUAAUCGUAUAUAUCAAUGUAUCUAUGUGUUUUUUA